AUGACGACGCUGCACGGAAACUGCCAAAUUGACAUGAACAUCCCCAAAGAACCGCGCAGGAAGGGCAGCUGGGUCACCUUGGAUGCUGCCAAGAUGCCGGACAACAAGUUUGAUGCGAAGGUCGACAGCUUUGCAGCAAACUUUCUGCGGCAGAUGCGUCGAAGGCGCAGGGAGAAGCAGAAGAAAGAGGACCGUGACUGCCGGCGCCUUGUUCAGGGCCUCGACGUCUGGGAAGGAGAGCUCCGACGGAGGCGGGUGAUCAGCCAGCUGACGAAGGGAGAGCUGAACCGACUCGAAGGCGAGCGAAAGGCCUUGAGUCUUGGCCAAGCCGAGACACCCUCCUCUUCCAGAAGCAUGCGCUACUCAGCAUCUGACUCCAUGCUUCAGCUGGCGACCUGA